GGCGUUUUAAUGUGCUUAGUUGAUAACCGAGAGCCGUGUAUGGCGCUCGUGCAUGCCGCACGAACACUCCGUAGCUAUCGCGCGUUCAUAUUCUCACACAUUUCUUAAACCAACUAUUCAUUAAAAAUUCCUAUAUAAUUUCAUACAACUGUGUACUCUUUACUAAGUGUAUAGAAUCAUUCAGCAUCGGAUCCAAUAUACUGAGAGAAAUCAACAGAAACAUCAAGAGAGUUACGAACAACAAUUGAUUCAAGAUAGGGGCUUCAAAAGAAUUAAGAUGGCAAUCGGAUGGAAGGAGAAUUCAAGAGGGCAACAACAUAGCAAUACAUGUCACUCCACCCGAUGGCGAAGAAGAUGACGAGAUGGUACCGCCGCUGCGUCCGCGCAGAAAGCUGAGCAGCCCGCUCAGUGGCAUGCCCAAUGCUGAAGGCGGCCUAGUCGGACCUGCACCUCGCUCGCUGUCACCUCUGGAUCGUACAAGAAGACGAUUCAGCACGAUGGUUUCGAGCGCGGCAGCGGCCGCAGUGUCCCGCCGGCUGUCCGCCACCAUAGGCUGGUGCCUCGCUUCGCCGACACAAGUCAAACCGCAAAUAGUCCGACAAGGACGUGCCUUGUGCUUGCAGUACAUUAAAACCCAAAUUAGGAGAUCAUCUAUAUGCCCAAACAAGCAAAUAGUAAUGAAACGUGUCCAACAAAUGCUGGAGACGGAGUGCGGAGAGGAGGCGUCGGCGAACCUGGAGAGCGGCGUGCUGGCGGCGCUACGGGCGUUAUGCGCGGCGCUCGAACGCAAGCAGCCCGAUGCGUUCCGCCACAUCGCGCGUCAAGCCACGCGCGCUCCCGCCACCAUGCUGCGCUCGGACGUUGCACUUGCUGAAUUGGCGCUAGCCCUCGCCAGGCGGGUCACCAGAGAAAACAUCACCUGGUCUAAGAUAGCAGCUGUGUACUGCAUAUGCGGGGCAUUGGCGCGAGAGGCCGCUGAAGCGUCGGAAGGCGAGCCGCCGAUCGAGCUAGUGGCCGCGCCGGCCGCCGCUAUUGCUGAUGUACUGCACGAAGAGACCGGCUCUUGGAUUGCUGCUCAUGGGGGAUGGAAUGGUCUGAUAGAACGAUUACGUGUUAGCGACCGUGACCAACGAUCCGAGAAGACCCUGCGUGUUAUGGUGUCAUUCUUCAUAACGGCAUGUCUGUUGUUACUACUCCUCAGAUGGGCCAACAUCCUGCUGACCUCCCCCAGAGACUACAUUGUAGAAGACAUUUAAUUAUUCUAAAUUGAGAUUGUGAUACGUGUAAUAGUGUUACAAAAAUAAAAAAUAUAUUUUUAUAAAUGUAUACUUAAACUUAAUAAAAUAAAUAAGUAGUGAUUAUUAAGUACACGAUUAUUAGUCGCAAGUUAUACGCUUAAUCUUUACUAAUAAAUAUUGUAAAUGCCAUCAAUGUGUUGUCAUUAGUAUGACUUGUUUCUUGACUAAUUUAUUGGAUGGUACCA